GCAAGUUGGUUAUCUUGUUAUGAGACUCGUGCCAUUCCCCACUGCUUUGUCUCAACACAGAUCCUGAAACAGCAGAGUGCAACCACCUGCCUCAAAGGUUUCUCACUGCAGAGCCUUACCACAUUCACGAUGCAUCUUGAAAGGUGAGCACUGCAUGGUUCCUACAGUUUGCAGCUCUCAAAACUUCCUUCUGCAGACUUUCUAAGCUUUGCUCUGCCACCGCGACACAGUAUGGAAGCCAUCGCCAAGUUUGAUUUCAGUGCUUCUGGAGAGGAUGAGUUGAGCUUCCAGGCUGGGGAUAUGCUGAAGGUUUUGAGCUCCCAGGAAGAGUGGUACAAGGCUGAACUCAGAAGUCAAGAGGGCUAUGUUCCUAAGAACUUCAUUGAUUUUCACGUUCCCCCCUGGUUUGAUGAGAGGAUAUCCCGCCACGAAGCAGAGAACGUCCUCAUGAGCAAAGGAGUUGGCUCUUUCAUUGUCCGAGCCAGUCAGAACUCUCACGGUGACUUCUCCAUCUCUGUCAGGCAUGAAGAUGAUGUGCAACACUUCAAAGUGAUGAGGGAUUCAAAGGGUAACUAUUACUUGUGGACAGAGAAAUUCCACUCACUAAACAAGCUGGUGGACUACUACAAGACAACUUCAAUCUCCAGGCAGAAGCAGAUCUUCCUGAGGGACAACAGCCGAGAAGAGAAGGAGAGGCGUGUUGGAAGCCUGGAACGGAUGGGCCGGGAAGGAUUUCACCUGGGCGGAGCAGCUGGAGAAGAUCAUUCUUCUAUAGCCAAGAGAUAUGUAGAGCAUCCUAUCCCCAUACUGCUGCAGCAACAGGAUAGGUAUGGCGGGAGUCUGGACAGGAAAGAUGGGCUGCAUGGAUUAAGGGAUCACAGCCAAGGGAGUGCAGCAGCUAUGCAACGGAGACACACAGACCCACUGCACCAGCCGACACCGCGAACGCUAUGGGUCCGUGCCUUGUACGACUUUGAUGCUGUGGAGCAUGACGAGCUGGGCUUCCGCAGUGGAGACAUCUUAGAGGUCCUGGACAGCUCCAACCCAUCAUGGUGGAAAGGACGUCUGCGUGGGGAACUGGGUCUCUUCCCUGCCAACUAUGUCACACCGGUGCCCCUGUGAGGGCACAGUAUGCCCCGGAGGGCUAUAUUGGAGCUGCUCUUCUGACAUGACAGGGACAGAGACAGAGUGCAUCUUCCCUUGCCCCCAGGACAUACGGCGUUUUGUUUUUGUCUUAAUUUAUUGGCAAUUGAUCUUUUGAAAUGUUGGUAUGAAAGGGAACCCUUUGAAGAGGAUAGGAAUUUUUUCCCCUAUUUUUCACAUCCAUGAAGGGAAGGGAGCAAAAAUCCUGGACUGUUCAUUGAGACCUUGCUGGAUCCUCCCUGCCCUGUCACUUCUUUGGCUAAGUAUUGAUAACUUCCUGCAAUUAGGUUUGUUCUGUGGAAAUGCACCUCAGACAAGUCAGGCUUCAGUAUUCAGGUAGCCCUACCCAUUCCUUUUGGAUCUGGUAGCACCCAGUAUCUUCAGGCUCCAUUUCACCUUUCUUUCAGAGACUGGAGGAACACCCAGGUGAAUUAAAUGAUCGUUGGUAACCAUGUUAAACCUUCAGGUAGGGAGGGAAAGUGAGGGGGCCUUAGGCUGAGGUGCAAGGCAAGCGUGACUUUUCUAAAUAGUUUCUGGCUUACCUCUCUAGUACUUUCUGUGGGUACGGACUGUAUGGAUACACCAGACGAAGGGAAAGGAUCCUGUAAGCUUUUGCACAACCAGUGGUGAAGGUAUGGGAGGGUGCAAAGCUACGUUCUUCUUCUGAUAGUCCUUCCUUCUGCACCUCAUAACAACAUGUCCCAUUUUCAAGCUGCUCUCUGAGGUACCUACCCUUCUGUUAGACAUCGUGGUUAGAGCAGGUCGGGCCCUUCAGCUAAAUUAAUACCCACUGGAUCGGAUAACAAUAUCCCUCACUGGUUCCUUUUGUAAAACUGAAUUGGGGAGGGGUUGGAGAGAAGAGGUUUUUCUGGUUUGGUGGCAGAAGUUCUUUCCCUGAGAAUGUGAGGUGUUCGGGAUCGCUGUGUACACAGCUCUGACUUGCUAGUGGAAUGCCUCAUCCAACAGGUUAAGCUGUUACUUUACAGUAUGCAGAGAAUAAAAUUGUGGCCAUCAUAAUAGUCUGUUCUCUGAUCCAGUUUCUUUUGGAUGAAAUAAGGUAAAUGAGUAGGUUUUCAAAUCAUUGCCGAGUGAAUGCCCAGAUGUGAUGCAACCAUACUGCAAAUGCACAUUUAAAAUGAACCAAACCCUGUGAAGGAGAGACUGCUGCAUAACCGCUGCUCAGGCAAAUUGAUAUUAAACAAGAUGCCUGAAUUUUUCACAACAUGCGGGGCCACCGCAGUCAGCAAGGAUUUAUCAUUCUUAGGAAAGAAAGAAAAGGCAAGUGAAAAACUCUAAAAACAAAUCCAACCCAGCAAGAAGAAUGUUCUUAU